AUGGCUGGCACCAUGGCCGACGACGAAUUGUUUACACGGGCUAUCUCUGGGUAUCGGGACGCUUUUUUGGUUCGACACUCCCACCUUCCGGAAUCAGAGAGGAAUCAACUUUGGAGUCAGCGAUUAAGUCAGUUCAUGACCACCACGGCCUCUUCGUCGACAUCCGUGUACGAUGCCUCCUCAAGCUAUCGCCCGGUUCCCGGCUCUGGUGUUCCCGAAGAUGACGGCGCUGCUUGCGAGAAGUCUGGGAAAAGGACGCGACAGGAUACUCCCCGGACUCUCCCUGGCUCUGGUCUCCCCCCACCGAAACGACGAGUCACCACUCCGGAACCUCCAGUGACCGUCGAUCUGACACGCGAGUUGUCUCAUGCUUCCUCUCCGGCAGCCCCUGAGACAACCCGGCGCCUGUCCAGAACGAAUCCUCGGAAGGAUAACACGGCUAUUUUCUCCGGUCCUGGGUCCUCGCGACAAACGGCCAUGGUCCGCUCACAGAGUCAGCAAACGCCGGCCUCCCACCGCCCGUCGCUGGCCGCCACCAAUGUGAAGGGACAUCGACACUCUUAUGGACCUCAGCGCGUGCAGCGUCGUCUUGACCAUGUCAACGAAUAUACCCCCUCGGAGUACGCGAAGCAGUACUUGGAUGACUUCCAAGGCCAAGGGAAUGUCUCAGCUCUUUCUAUGGCGCUUUCGGCGGAUCCCACGCUCUCCGGAUUUGACCAACAAAGGUCGCAGUUGGUUCAGGCCCAGCCUGAGCUGAUGGCCGACUUUACCACCCUGGCCAACCCCACCAUGGCUGACCAGCCGGCCGCGGUGGGGAUGAGCAGGAGCACCACCACCGACUCGCUAUGCGGCGGGUUUGGCAUGAUGAGGUUCGAUUCCUCCGGACCGAAUCUUGAUUCUACCUUCUCCUUCUCCGUGCCUUCCACCGAGUUCAUGCCCUCCAGCUCACCGAUGAAUGUUCCCUUCCCCACCACAUUCAAUCCCAUGCACCAGCAUCCCUCUCAAGAUCUCGCGUUCUCCUACCCUGACGCCGCUGCCCCUGUUUCUUUCUCCUGCUCCGCCCCCUCCUCUACUCCAUUCUACCCACCCGCCCCUGCCCUUUCCGCGUCUCCGGCGACGGAGAUGAAGCUUUCAUUGUCUACUGAGAAUGACAGUCCCUCAUCUACUUCCCAACCCUCGAGAGCAGCACGCAGGGCUCAAGAACAGAUUGUGCAGGGCGCUCGCCCUAUUGCUCCCAAAGCGGAGCCGCACAGUAGCUCCCCGCCUAAGGUGGGUGAGCAGCAUAAGAUGAUCAGGAUCUCAUCUUCGGAUGGGACGGCCAAGGAGGUGGCUGCUAUCCCCAAGGCUUCGAUCCAACGGCCCCCGCGUCCGAAGACCUACUGCAACAUGUGUAACGACCAGCCGGACGGCUUCCAUGGGGAGCACGAGCUGCGUCGGCAUAUCGAGCGGGUGCACGCCGUGGUUCGUAAGGUUUGGGUUUGUGUGGACAUCUCUCCUGACAAGACUUUCCUGGCCAAUUGCAAGGCCUGCCGGAAUGGCAAACGAUAUGGUGCUAAUUAUAAUGCCGCUGCUCACCUCCGUCGCACCCACUUCAACCCCUGCCAACGCGGUCGGGGAGGUCGUGGCAAAGACAGCGAGAAGCGCGGAGGUAAGGGUGGUGGUAACCAUCCUCCUAUGGAUGUCUUGAAGCACUGGAUGGUGCAGAAGACCGAGUUCGUUCUGGGUAACGCGCAGAAUUACAAUAACCAGGAUUCAUUAGGCGAUGAUCUGGCGGCCGCACCGCUGGUGGUCGGCACGGAGGAUGCUCCAUUCUCUGGGUUGCCGCUGGCCUCGGCCGCUGAUGAGAUCCCUUCUCAGGGAUUGGAGACCGCCCUCAUCGAUGGGUAUGACCCCAUGGUCACGUUUCCCGUGAUGGGCAUGGAGGUAUCACUCGAUGCCACCCCUUGUUAUUUUGAAUCUCCGACGCUUCCCCCUGAGAUUGACUCGUUUGUGUGA